AGAAUGUAUAAACCUUCAAUUUAUGCUAGAUUAUAUGUUAAACAGUCUAGAAGAGCGAGAAAUACUCCCCGUGUUUCUCGUCCUUGGCGUCCCAGAGUAAUUGCUUGGGCUGGGCCGGAUGCUUUUAUUCGGAAUAGAUUUUAUGAAUUGGAUAAUUGGUAUAAAGCAAGAAUUCACAAACCAGAACUUUUACCGAAUUUACAUUUAAUUGAUCCAGACACAAUUUUUGAAUCUUUUGAAGAAAAAAUUAAAGGUGAAAAUGAAAAAGAAAAAAAUUUAUUAAAUAUUGGAUUUAAACGUUUGGAACAAAAUUUAACAAAAUUGUCUUCGGAAGAUUUGGUUAAAUUGGAGAAUUUGGCUAUAAAAAAUAAACUUUUUCUUGAUUUUACCAAAAUUGAUUCUUCAAACCAAUUGGCUCUUUUUCAACAUUUUAAUAUUUUUGAUGAUUUAUUUAUGCCUGGAGUUUAUUUUUAUAAUGUUCAAAAUCUGAAUAUUUUUUGGAAUAAAAAAGAAGAAAAUUUCCAAAAUAAUAUUUAUUUCGGAAAUAUAAUUAAAGCUGCAGACACAACAAAUCCUCCAAAUAUUGAAAUUGGAAAUAUUUUGAAAAAUGAUGGAGACACAAAAGAUGAUAAAACUGGCUUUAACACACUUUUGAUGCUUAAUUUGGAAGGUCCAGGUCUCCAAAAUGAAGAAGAUAAUUUAAUUGAAGAAGAAGACCACCAACAACAACAAUUAAUUAAUAAUAUAAAACAAUUAAAAAUCCCCGAAAAAGACCAAUUAUUAAUUAACCAUUUAAAUAAAAAUAAACAAAUAAUUCAUUGGUUUGUUGGGAAUAUUCCUUUAAAUGGAAAAAUUAAUGAUGGAAAUACUUUAAUUAAUUAUAUACAACCAAUGCCUUUUUAUGGAACUGGAUAUCAUCGUUUUGUUUUUAUUUUGUUUCGACAUUCUGAAGUUAUUAAUUUUGACAAAUAUUUUGAAAAUUAUGAUUUUUCUUCUUUUCCUUCCCGUAUAUUCAACACAAAUUCUUUUUACAAACAUUUUGAAGAUAAAAUUACGCCUUCUUCUCUUCGUUUUUGUCAAAUUAAAUGGGAUCCAAGUUGUGAUAGAGCUUUGCAUUCUUUGGGUGUAAAAUCUCCUCGUUAUUGGUAUGAAUGGGAUCAACCUCUUAAAUCAGAACAGAAAGAAUUUCCACUAAAACCGAUGCCUUUUAAUCAUUAUCUCCAAAUGUUUCGAAAUCCAGAAACUGUUCGAAAAGAAGUUCAAAAGAAAAAAUUAGAAAUGUUAGUAAAAUCAAAAGAACAACAUUUAAAACCACAAAAAUAUCCGGACAUUUUUUAUAUGCAAAAUCGUCUAAAUUUGCCUUCAUUUGUUCAAGAAAGAAAUAUGAAAAUAAAUAUUGGAGAAGGUAUAUACUCAUUUUUAUAUAAUAAUUAUGAAAAUCCUGUUGAACAACAUUUAAUUGAAAAAUGGAAAAUUAAAUUUGAGGAAUUAAAAGAAGAAAUUAAGGAAGAAGAAAAUGAAAGGAAAAGAGUUGGUUUAAAUAAAUAA